CUUCUCUCUCCACCAGCGGAGUGACCUAUAUAUAUAUAUAUAAAACCCCUCCUGAUCCCCCUGCAACGACCUCCUCUCAACGGUAUCCUACCCGCCCCCUUCAUCCAUGGCCAUCCACCAUGCCUCCCUCCUCCUCCUCAUUCUCCUAUGCCUCGGCGGCUCCGUCCAUUCCCGCUCCCUCCUCGGGGCCCGGACGCCCGAUCCCGUCUCCGAUGGAGUCGACGUCCGUCGCGGCGGCGGCGGCGGCGGCCCCGGCUCGCCCUACCUGCAGCUCCUGCGGUCCUCCUCCGCCGACGCCGAAUCCGCGUCGUCGUGCGAGGAGACGUACGGGUUCCUGCCCUGCACCGCCUCGUGGCCCGGCAACCUCUUCCUGAUCGUCGUCUACGGGAGCCUCAUGUUCUUGGCGGCCACGUACCUGUCCAACGGCAGCGAGCUGUUGCUGGAGAUCCUGGGGCCCGGCAUCGUCGGCGGCCUCUUCCUCCCCAUGCUCGGCGCCCUCCCCGACGCCAUGCUCAUCCUCGUGUCUGGACUUUCUGGAAGCACAGAGACUGCUCAAAGUCAAGUUUCCGUUGGAAUAGGCUUAUUAGCUGGAUCAACUGUCAUGCUUCUCACAGUUAUAUGGGGAUCUUGCAUUAUUGUUGGGAAGUGUGAUCUUCAUAACUCAGUUGCAAUGGACAAACAAGAUACAAAAGGAUUUAGCCUGAAAGGCUCUGGUGUCAGUACAGAUCUGUGGACAAAAUAUGCAGCAAGGAUUAUGGUCUUUUCAGUGAUACCCUUCAUUAUUGUUCAAUUGCCUCAAAUUCUCAACUCGACUUCAGGGAGGCACUUGGCUGUCUUAAUUUCGCUGAUUGUCUCUCUGAUACUGUUGAUUGCAUAUUGUAUCUAUCAGGUUGUCCAGCCUUGGAUACAGAGGCGGCGACUUGCUUAUGUGGAAGAUAAACAUGUCUUUUUUGGUUUCUUAAGACACAUACGGACACAUCCCCUGGGGAGGCUUCUUACAGAUGAUGGCAAACUAGAUAAGGAUUUCGCAGAGAAGCUUUUCACAACAUUGGAUGAAAAUGGUGACGGAUAUCUAAAUGCUGCAGAACUUAAAGCACUGGUAGUAGGAAUGCAAUUUGAAGAAAUAGAUUUGAAUGAGGACGGUGCUGUAGAUAGAAUCAUGAAAGAUUUUGACUCCUCAAAUGAUUGCCUUCUGGAAUUGCCUGAGUUUUUGGAUGGUAUUUCUAAAUGGGUUAGCAGGGCUAGGAGUUCAGGCGCUGCUUCCGGAACAAAAAACCUUGGUACAGGGAAGUUUCUAGACGACGUGCACCAUCAAACUACACAGGAGCAUGCUCAAUUGAAAUCUGGGGAUCAAACUGAUGAGGUCACUGAAGGUGUUGGGAAUCCUAAAUUGACCACCUUAAAAGCAGUAUUACUACUGGUCCUUGGAACAAUCAUUGCAGGGGCGUUCGCUGACCCUCUUGUAGAUGCAGUUGACAAUUUCUCAGACGCCACCGGUAUUCCAACUUUCUUCAUCUCCUUUAUUGCUCUUCCCUUGGCUACCAACUCCAGUGAAGCCGUUUCAGCAAUUAUCUUUGCAAGUAGGAAAAAGCAAAGAACAGCCUCACUUACUUUCUCUGAGCUAUAUGGGGCAGUAACCAUGAACAAUCUCCUUUGCCUAUCAGUUUUCUUGGCUAUUGUUUAUAUCAGAGGAUUGACAUGGGAUUUCUCGUCUGAAGUGCUUGUUAUUCUCAUCGUUUGCUUUGUGAUGGGAACCUUCGCCAGCUUCCGCACCACCUUCCCCUUGUGGACAUUCUCACUGGCCUUACUUCUUUAUCCUUUUUCCUUGGCACUAGUUUAUGUCCUGGAUUAUAUUUUUGGCUGGUCAUAGACUUAGAACUUUCUCUCGGGCGCAACAGAGCUUUCCCUUUCCAUUUCUUUUUCUUAACAGCUCUUUCAGUUAUAAUUUUCCUUAUGUAGUUGAUACAUGUUGGAGUUGAGGUUGCCGCAUAAUUAGAAAAUUAGCGAUCGGUGAUUGUAUAUUUGGACGCAUUUUACUGAUGAGCAUGUUUAAGCAUACUUUCACCUCUUGGCAGGAUAAAUAACAAGUCUCUGUUACGG